UUAUGGCUGAAGUCUAAAUCAUGACCCGGUCCGAAGCAGCCACAUCUCGCCCCUCAUCAGUCCAUGGUCGUUGGAUGUUUUCGACGGUCCUGGCGCGCUACAGGACUGUUGAAUGCUGUUUGUGGCGGUGUGUGGCUGUUACUUCACAUCCAUAUUGAUCAGUGUUCGUGGGCGGGUCAGGGGAGUCCUUGCCCUCAGAGCCCCCGACCCGUGUCUGACAAGCCUUGAUGUCCUGCCUCUCUCCGGUACCUCCGUUGAAAAUCGCCCAAAGACGUUGCGCAUAGAGACCUCGAGGAUAUGUGACUCGCUUGACCACGAUGCUCUUCUACACAUGACAUUUCAGCGCUUUCCUCGAACGAGAUGGCGUCCUUGCGGUAUCGAGAACGCAGCUCGGCUCAUACAGUAAUGUCUUAUAGGCAGUGACACCUAACGACCUGCCAUUACUUGGCCUCAGGCCGAAUGGACGUCCAGUCUCCACAGCUUCGUCAGGCAGGAAUAUCUCCACCCACCCAAGAGAAGUUGACGUUCCUUUUUGGUCCCUAC